AUGUCUACAACAAUAGAAUCAAAAUAUCGUCAACUUAAAGUUCCAGAACUUAAAGACUUACUAGUGAAAAAAGGUCUGCCGGUUUCUGGUAAAAAGGAAGAGUUGGUUGCUAGACUUUUGGCUGCCGAAGAUAAGAAAAUUGUAGAACCAAUAAGCCAAACUCCUAAAAGUAACUCGAUGGCAACCAGCACCAAUACUAUUUCUACUCGUAAAAGUAGUAUUGACAAUAUCAUUAAUAAAGUUUCGAUGGAGACUACUACUUUGCAUACCGAAGGAAAGAACGAUGAUACUGAUUUAUUUGAUAAAGAUCUUAAUUUAAUAUCAGCGGAUAUUACAUCUGGAAUUGAUAAUGACUUUUGGGAUAAUAUAACUACGGACAUUACCAUACCUAAAGAUGGCGAAUUCGAUUCUCUCAUUUCUCCAUUUUCACCUUCACUUUCGGUAACUUCAAUCAAAGAUUUAUCACCCGAAAAAGCAAAAUCAGAGAUUCCUGAGACAACCAAAGGGUCUAAUAACGUUACUAACGUUGAAGCAAAAAAUUCGGUUGAAACAACAAACGAUGAUGCUAAAACUUCUAAAGCAGAACCUUCUUCACCGAAUUCUGAUAAUAUUGUAAAACCAUCAGGCUUUACAUGUAAGAAGAUCGUUUUCGAUAAUGCUCCAAAGAUUAAAUCUCCCCAACUUCCAAGUAAAGAAGCUGAUUUGGCUACAGAAUUGGAAAGACGAAAGAAACGUGCUGAACGGUUUGGGGUUGGUUUAUCUGAUUCCGAUAAAAAGCUACAGAGAGCUGCUCGAUUUGGUACGACCGUUUCUAAUCCUUUGGAUUCUCCUCUUACAGCACCGAGAUUGCCAAACAGAAAACCAUCUAUUGUAGAGAAUGAAGAAAAAUUAAAAAAGCGUGCGGAAAGAUUUGGACUUGAUAUAUCCGAAUCAUCUACAAAUACUACAAAUACAUUAAGUGAGGAAGAAAAGAAAAGAAAGAGAGCAGAGAGAUUUGGUUUAAAUGCUUCACCAAAUUCUGUAUCUAAUUCAAUUAAUGAAGAAGAUAAAAAGAAAAGAAGAGCAGAACGUUUAUCUAUUAACACAAGCGGUGAACCUACGAAUAAGAAAGUGAAGACCUAA